GCGACCUAGGACGCUGAGGGCUAUCCUCGAGCACGACGUACAUCGACUUCCACUCACUCUCAAGCUACCGAUGAGGAGCUAUCCAUGACGAAGGCGAACCAGAAUAUAGGGAAAGGUGGCUCAUCCUCCUAUUGGGACAGAUAUCGCCAACGCUUAGGAGAAGAAGCUUCAUUCCUCCGACCUGCCACCCAGCUCACCAUAAACGACAAUGAUCACCUUCAUCCAUCUAGGCAGGCCGCCAUUCUUAGACCUCUUGGCAUAGAACAGAGCACUCGAAGGGUGCGGAACAACGAUCCCCUCGACCGUGAAGGCUCUGUAAACCUGUCUAACACUAUCGCGGAGUUUGAACCAAGUCGUGGCAGAGUCGCGCGACGAGGGCGGAGUCGUGGAGAACACAAACGUGGUGAUAGACGCGGCCGUAGAGAUGAUACUCAUCAAGAGUUGAGCUUCCACCAAGCCGAACGAAGGUCUUCCGUGUCUACUUAUGACGACGACCGAAGGGUUAACCUUCCGCCUCAUAUAAUCCGGCAGGCGGCCCUACCGAUACGAGGUAGGGGGAGAAAUGGGCCGCAUCGCAGCAGUACGCACCGUGGGAGAGGAGGUUUCUACCGGGGAUCGAGCUAUGACGACUACGACCGUUCACGCCCUACAGCGUCGUUUCGGUACCGGGAAAGAUCUCGUUCGCAUUCGCAAUCUCCCCAACGCAUCGGACGCGAUUCCAUGAAGUUUCGUGAGUCUGACGAUCGCGACGAGGUGCAACGAGCAUCAAUGUUUCUCCACCAUGACCGAAUGGCACUCGUCUCGCCGGGCGCAGAGCCUGAUUGCGAUGGUCCCCGCUCAGUGUUUGAUCAAUUUCCUCGAGGGACCCAUAUGUCAGACGGCAGAGACGAUGUAGCACACUCGCAUCACGACGGCCGAUCGCAACUCGCUCGCAGAACGGGCGGACUCUCCGGAGAGGAUGGUCAUCAAUGGGAGAGGAGUGGGAAUGAUGACAGCAGGGGUAACGGCAGGGGUAAUGGUCCAAGCCGCGGUCGAGGGGGAGGUCGAGGUUUCUACGUUAGAGAUCGCUCUUCUGCUUCACCUACUUCGUGGUCGCCUCGCUCGCCCCGUCCGCUCGACCAGGUGAGGUGGGAAGAUUGAAGAGAAAUGAAGCGCAGAUCUAGCGAUAUCAAAAGCGACAGCAUUUGAUCGCGAGUACCCACUCGAUAGUCGGUCUUUCAGUAGUAUGUAGUGCUCUUCUACGAACAUAACGGAGAUUAGGCAACGAGGGACACAGAAUGUAAAAAUUGUAAGCAGAGAAGCAACUUGCAUGUGCGGCCCUCAGGCUAUUGCAAUACUGAUUUGAAAGCGCUUCCCGCGUAUUUGGCGCUCUGGCAAAAGAUCGCCCUGGGUACCCCAAGUGCCUAGGUAGUACAAUUAUGCUAGCUGUCUAGGGGCCUGUUCGGUGCGC